CUGCAUGUAAUGUAUGUCGGCAAAAGUGGAAUAAAUUGCAAGGGAUUACAGUUUGAAUUUAAUAAGUAUUUAAUACGUUUAGUUAUCUAAUUCGGCGCUGCUUACUUCCUGCGCGUUACUGUUAAUCGUGCUGUUUAAACGGAUCUGCAACAAAAGUCUACAAGAUGGCUGAUGUAGAAGAAGUGACACAGACCCCUUCAGAGCUUCUGGCUAGUGGGCGACGAAAUUUAGCUGUGAGAGACUACAACGCGGCCACUGAGGCUCUGGCUAAGGCCUGCGAGCUCCUGGCCAAAGAACAUGGGGACACGGCCGACCAGUGUGCAGAGGCAUAUCUAUGGUAUGGCAAGGCCUUAUUGGGACUGUCGAGAGAAGAAAGUGGGGUCCUCGGUGACGGGAUGCCGGGAACUGGCAAUGCCGAUGGUGAGGAAGAUGAUGAUAAUGAAGAAAUGGGUUUUAUUUUGGAACAAGAAGAAAACGGUGAGAAUGGCGAGGAAGAGAAUGGAGAGGCAGAAGCUGAGCCCGUAAAGGCGGAGGCUGAUGAUGGAGUGAAGAAGAGUGAAGCUGAGUCCACCACUAAAGAUGAGCCGGCCAGCAGCAGCACUGCAGAUGAUCAACCUGGCCCAUCUAAUGGAGAGGCAGCUGAUGAGUCAAUGGCUGACUUAGAAAACGAAGAUGAUGUUGACAACCUCCAGCUGGCAUGGGAAAUGUUGGACCUGGCGCGCAGCAUCCUGCGGCGGCGCGCGGAGGGCGGCGGCGCGGCGCGCGCGCAGCUGGCCGACGUGUAUCUGGCGCUCGGUGAAGUCGCUCUAGAGAGCGAAACAUACGACAAGGCAGUCGUCGAUAUGCAAAGUUGCUUAGAAAUCCAAAAAGAACUGUACAAUAGUGACGACCGCCGCAUUGCUGAAACCCACUAUCAAAUCGGUUUAGCAAACUCGCUCGCCUCCAAUUUCGAAGACGCGAUCACCCACUUCAAAAAUGCCGCCAACAUUCUCGAGACUCGCAUCAAAACGCUAGAGAAUCCCGCAACAGUCAAAGACGAUGCUACCGUUAAGAAACACUCCACGGCAGAUCCGUUCUACUCCGUCGAGGGAGAAAUUAAGGAGUUGAAGGAACUACUGCCAGAGAUUCAGGAGAAAAUACAAGACAUGAUGGACUAUAAGACUGAGACGAAAAAGCGACUCACCGAAACGCUGUUCUCCUCAAACGGCGAAAGCUCCCACCUCAACGGCGCUGGCUCAAGCUCCUCAGAGGCCAAGCCCAAGCCUGCUGCCUCAGACAUCUCCCAUCUCAUCAAGAGGAAGAGAAAGUCCAGCGAAGGCGACGAGGCCUCCUCCGCUAAAAGGGCUAACACGUGAAUAGUUAACAAUCCCCUCCAACAACAUAUUCCACUGUAAAAUUAUUGUUGUAGUCUAAAAUCGUGUGGAAUUUUUUAAUAUCACCUUUAUAAGGAUUAUGUACAAGAUAAGAGCUUGCGCACUGGCGUUUACGGUAAACCACGUUCGAUAACGGUUUUGUGUGUACAAUCAAUUGUCUAAGAUAAACAGAUAAUCGGCUGAUUAAAUUGAAGCUCUUAGGGUCGGUUGCACCAAACUGUUUGUCAUCGUUAAAGAGUUCGCUAAAUUUGAUUGUAUGGAAAGUUUCAUAGUAAACCGCCGCGGCGUCGUUGAUCAGUCUGUCAAGUGUGGAUGGUGCAACUUGCACUUAUUCUUAGCUACUAAUUUUGAAUUGUGUUCAUGUAGUGUUAAUCGCUAGUUCGCAGGCUCUAAGGCAUUAGGAAACAUGUACUGUGUCUGGCCUUAUUGACCCUGCCAUACAUAUAGACCGCGGACCAGGAACAGAUUUCCAUGACCAAUCGCCUCCCGGGCGAAAACUCGUAUAGUGGUUAACGGCUAUGUAUGAUGAACCCUCGUGAACGUCAGCUGCCGCUCCGUUGGUGGGUUGAGGAAUGGCAGCAAAUAUAUUCUAUAAAAAAAAAUUGUCAUCGCCUCCCGCUUGAUACUUUGUCAGAUGAUAGUUUAGAUGCUAUUGUGAAUAAACAAAAUCGUCAGCCGAUUGUAUCGUUGUGGAAAGACCGUCAGCUGGUCACAUGAACAUGUAAAAAAGAAAAUUCUUUUCAGUCAUUGGCGUGAUUGGCGUCAUCGCCUCCCGUUUGAUACUUUGUCAGAUGAUAGUUUAGAUGCUAUUGUUAAUAAAACAAAUCGUCAGCCGGUUGUAUCGCGGUGGAAAGAUCGUGUUACGCGUUUCGGUGGCUGCCAUACCUCAACCCACCAACGGAGCGGCAGCUGACGUUCACGAGGGUUCAUUAUACAUAGCCGUUAACCGCUAUACGAGUUUUCACCCGGGAGGCGAUGACUGACGAAAUUUGCGACUGGCUCGCGGUCCCAUAUCUAAAGUAUAACUAUCCCUACGAGUUCUACAGUUACAUACAUAAACAUGGCCAAAUAGAUCAAGAUACACUACGAUUAAAGUUUGCAUUUUGACAAUCGUUCUGUUUAGAAGAUUCAUGGCACCCAACGUUGGCUGUCUGUCGCGAAUAAUACGAGUAAUAUGUAAAGAUUGCUAAAGUGCAUAACUAGGUGUAUUGACCAAACGUAAUAAAUUAAAUCGCUUUACUAACUAUGUUUCAUUAGGGCCUUAAAAGAUUGUAAACAAACAAUACCAUUACGGUAACUCAGUUAAUGAUAUAACUGCACAGUUACAAAAAGUUGUAUCUCAUUCGAAAAAUGACUGAGUCACGUUUGGUUUGUUUACAUUUUUUGGACAUGGACGUGUAAUUCUUUUUAGUGUAAACCAUGUAAAUAUAUAAAGCAGAAAUAAAAUCAGUUUUUUACUAUUUCUCGUACUUGAAUGUAGCGUUUCUUGAAAACUAAAUUACAGAUUACCAUAAAUACAGUUGUCUAAGUGACCCCUCCAUUAGAAAUUAAAACUUUUAUGCAAGGGUAUACAUAUGUUUUCCUUGUAGUGUAAGGUGUACGUAAAAAAAACUGCAAAUCGAUGUACAGUUUAGCCGUUCGGCAAACGCAUACUAGAGGUCAAAACAAAAAUUUUGAGUGCAGUCAUUUUCCUCCAAUACGAUAAGGCUGAUUUUUCUUUGUACAAUAUAUCCUCCUAAGGAUUUUUUUAAAGGUUAUUAAUUUUGUUUUGACCUUUUGCGUGUGCCAAAUGGCUUAACUGUACAUCGAUUUGCGGUUUUUCUUUGAAAUUCGCUCGUACGGCUUCCACUAUUGACUGUACAAUGUUUGCAGUUAUACACAAUUACCGCGCUAGGCAUUUCGUUAAGUUUUGUUAUUAGAUCUGAUCUGUUUUUAAUAUUUUUUUCUAUCAUUAUACACUCCGAUACUAAUGAUGUUUAUUUAACGAAAGGUCAUCUUGGUAUUGUACAGAAAGAUAACUCAUGAGGUAUAACAGUUUAAAUAGGUACAUUGAUAGUCUCGAAACCUGUUGAGCUAUGGACGUCAAUUUAUUCCAAAUUGUUGUUAUUUAAAGUGUUAUCUUGGUUAAAUUUAAACAUAAACUAAUUGAUAGGCUAAGUAUAUUUGGAUUUAUCUUGCUGUAAUCAUUAAUUGGAUUUGAUUGUAAAAAUGUUACUAAGUAUUAAUUUGCGUUUCUUUAACUUACGAUUUGGAGAAUCAAAUUUACUUAAGUAACAUACUGAAUAUAAUAAGUCUAGGAAUUUCCAAAAUACGCUAAUGUCCAACAUUCUUAUGUUAAUCGGCCUAAAUUUAAUCUCAGUUUGAUUAUUCAGAGCAUAAUAAAAUUAAAGUAGAAAAUGUAAAUAAUUUUUUUAUGGUCAUACAUAAUCUGUAGACUAAUUGUGAUGUUUUCAACUAAAAGGUACCACAUUGUCGUUUGUCGAUAAGGUUGAUUUCAGAUUGAAACUAUCGAAAUAGCGCCUCAUUGACAACCGACAAUAAGUACACUUGGUUGAAAAUGGCACAAUUAAUCAAAAAAGAACCCAAUCAGCUGUUUGUGUACUUUUAAACAGAAAUUAGAAUGUCUUAAUGUCAUAGUUUUACUGUAAGGUUGGACUGGUAGUAAACAAUUUGACGACUCAGCUGUGCUCAGUAAUUAGUGUACCUAAUUACGAUGUUCUCGCUCGCCUUCGGCGUAUAGUACUUAUAUCCAUUAUGUUAUAGCGAUUAAAAUUAGACCGUUUUUUGGGUUCUUUCUAAUAUUACUAGUACAACUUAAAGGGGUUAAAAUCACUUAGUUAACUUGAAGACUAAAUCAGUAUCACACUAUGUAGUU